CAACAACAACAGACAGGUGACCUGGCUUCGAUGCUGUGUGUGAAGUUGUGGGUCGUGCAGCGUGAACGUGUGUUGGUGACUGUGUUCUGAACAGGAUUGUGCCGGAGAUGAGUUUCACUCUCCACCUCCUGGUUUCCUGUGGCAGCUCUCAGCAUGGACGCCUUUUGCUCAUCUUGUCCCGGUUGGUCCGAUCACUAAGCUCUGGUCCUCGAAUCAGCCGCAGCCUGCAGGAGAGCUACCGGCUUCUGCAGCUGCCUGACGAUGGCCUCAGCAGUCCUGCGCAGGUGAAAGAGGCCUACCUACGACUCGCCAAGCUCUACCACCCUGACUCUGGAGCGGCAACCGCAGACGCGGUGCUGUUUGCUCGGGUCGAGGAGGCGUACCGUGCUGUGCUGGUGCAUCAGAGCAAGAUCAAGCAUCCCAGUGAAGACACGGAAGCUGAAGAUGAGGAGAAGUCCAGAGGUACAGCACUUCAGCACAGACACUACCUCAGCUAUGAGGGCGUCGGUACAGGCACACCCAGCCAGCGUGAGCGUCAGUACCGGCAGAUUCGCGUCAACCGGGCAUCUGAGCAAGUUUUAAACUACCGGCAGCAGGGACACGAGAGGGCAGCUGCGGCAGAGGGGGCACUGGUGGAACGGGACAUGCGGCAACGCAGCCACAAAAUCAAGAUCACCCAGGCGGUGGAGCGGCUCGUAGAGGACCUGAUUCAGGAGUCGAUGGCCCGCGGGGACUUCAGGAACCUGAGCGGUGCUGGGAAGCCCCUCAACAAGUUUGAGCACAAUCCCUACGCUGAUCCCAUGACCCACAACCUGAACCGCAUCCUCAUAGACAACGGUUACCAGCCCCCCUGGGUCAUCACACAGCGCGACAUCAGAGAGGCCACCGCUCAGAUACGAAACCGGCUGUUGGAGGGGUGGGCCGGCCUCGGUGACCCUAUGACUCCCAGAGAAAGCCGGGAGUGGGAGCAGCUGUGUGCGUCGGUGGAGGAGGAGCUGGUCAAACUGAACAAGAUGGUGGACAAUUACAACCUGAUCGUGCCAAUGCUCAAUAUGCAGAUGGUUCACUUCCGUUUGUCUCGAGAGAUCGAGCGCGCCGUGAAAGGCGCUCGUCAACGCCGACUGGAGCAGCAAACAGAGAGAGAGAAGGAGCGCGAGAGGAGGAAGGAGGAGAAGAAACGAGCCAACGCUGCAGCCAAGACGAGGAGCAGAAAACCAGGACUCGUGUCGUGGAUGCAGAAUUUGCUCCGAUAAAAGAACAGAAAGAACUGCUGCUUUAUUUUAUUUAAUUUAACCAAUCAUUACAGUCACCUGCUUAGCUGCACCAGAGGUCUACCAGGAGGCACUGAAGCAUUAUCUAAAUUAUUCAAUUAUUAUAUUAAUUUUAGAGGACAUAAAAACUCCAUGUGUAGGAUCACAAUAAGGAUUUAAAAGGUUUAUCUUCUCCUGAAAGUUAUUUUUCUACCUCCGGCUUUCCUAUUGCAUGAUUUUUCCCGUAGAUUUCUGUUCAGAGGCCUGAACUGCGAAGCAGGAUUUCAGGCUUAGUGAAGCACCUUAAGGUAUCAGGUAACCUCGGGUGGUGGUUAUACUGGAGCAAAUGGAUCAACACAGACAAACCCCCCAAGUACUGAGCAAUCAGCCGUCUGAGGGACAAAGCCAUCAUUCCUGGAAGAUCCCUUGGACCUCAGUGCAUGGAUUGUAAGAGGGUCGGAAGUUCUUAAAGAGCAUCUAAAGUCUUUGUCUUUCCCUGAUGAGCAUCAGGAAGGAAUGCUGAUUCUUAGACACGGUUUAGUUCCAGAUGUUCUCCCCUGGUGGCUACAAGCAUUAAUUUAAUUGUUCUAUAAACCUUAAUAUAGUGAUAUGAGAACUAAAAUAAGGAGCCAAAGUCUUGUAUUUGCUGGCCUGAUGUUAGCAGUCAGCUAAUCAGUUUGAAUCCUUUUUUUUUUUUUCUUUUACUCGCUGUCUGACCUUUUAACACCACAGGACUGUAGGUGAAACAGUAAGGCUAACACAGUCUGACACUCAUCCAAACAAUAUAAAUUUAAUGGAAAUGCUUUCUAAUUAUAUAUCAGAUCCUCUCGUGUCGUAAUGAUAGCGCUGUCAUACUGAUGAUGGUCUUCCCAUGAAAAAUCAGAAAGUUCCCCCAACAUGACCCCUCAGGAUCUGCCGAUUUUUAUUUAUUUAUUUUUUUAAUUUAGCGAUGUUGCGCUUUUUAACUCAUUAUUUUUCAUAAUUUUUAAACCCUUACAAAGUGCAAAGCACAUCCACAGAUUGAUCAAUGUGAUAUGCCCAAACGAUUACAGUAUAAGUAACAGUCAGGAGCUGCAUUCUCAUCAGUAUUAAAAUAUUACUUAAUUAAAAAUCAAUUGAAAGUGAUUUUGACAGAAGGAAUCACAGCUAGAAAAUGAGCUGGGAUCAAGGUAACAAGGACACUUUAAUAGACUGUGAGCAGCCACCGUCCCAGAUGCUGAUCCAACCCUUGAAAUUUAAUCCAAAAAUGCACUUUAUUGAAUUUUUCUUCAGUGAAUCACGAGAAAACAGAUCAGACCUCCAGGGUCACCAACUGCUGCAGUUUAUUCAAACUAAACUGCUGAAAGAAUGAAAAAGACAAGAAAGUCUUUGCAUUUUAUUCACCAUCUUGGUAUUGCCUUCAAGGUAACAGAACAGGAAUCUAGUGUAAUGCAAUUACCGGACAAUUAAAUAAGCAAUAAAUAUUCUUUCACUUUAAAACUAUUUUUACCUAACUAUAAUUGUCACCGCUAGGGGGCAGUGUUCAACCAGUGUACUGUUUCAGAUUAUUAUUUGUGCUCCCAAUAAACAACUCAUCGCUGUCUUGUGGUACACAGACGUACAGGCCGGUUUAUUAAACGUCAGUUUAAAAUCUCUUCAAUAUAUAAAUGCUUUGGCUAGUUUUGAAAUGUUUUAAACUGUUUUCACUACAAAAAACAAAUCACAAUGAGUACUUUAAAUUUCCAGCUGAAUCCAAUCCAGGUGAACAUCAUCAAGCUAACAGGUUUACCAGACAUUAUGUAAUGUGAUUGGCGUGGUGAUGUCAGGAAAGUUGAGGCUUUAAGGCUCAAUUUGAUUUUAGGUAAUUUAAGGUAUCAGUACCAAAGUGGAACAGAGGAUCCCUGAACAUGAACCACAUCAGCCGAUUUCAUGUUGCAUUAAUGUGUAGGGCUGAUUGAUCGGAUGAAGACUUGUGUUAUUGCUCAAAGGCAGCGCUGAAGGUGCAUCUCAUCAGGUAAAUGUUUAGAAGAAACUGUUGAAAUCCGUAAAGUGUGAGGAACUGUUGGAAGUUGUUUCUGUGAAAUUACUGAAAAUGCGACCCAGACACUGUAACUUUUGGUUGCUAUGUGACAUUAAAAGUU